AAAACCUUUACGCACAGAGGUGGAGGCUGCAGCGACCAAACAAGAGGCUUUCUGUCAAAAACAACACUUCUACCUUUCUGAUAAAACCACACGUGUUUUAUUUCCCUUCUGUCAGACAUCUUGAGUUCUUAAACCACCCUGGAGUUUGAGUUUGGAGGAGGUGAGAAGUUCAGACUGAAGUUUUGGAGAGGAGGAGUGGACUUUCCCCUUAAACAAGCUUUUAUUCCUGAAAGAGGAGCGGAGGAAGCCGAGCAGCCGUCGACGUGGAGAGUGAGAACACAGAGGGAGUGAAAGGAGAAGGUAGAGACGCCAACCGACCCAUCAGCCUGCAGAGAGAGAGAGAGAGCUGUGACAUGGGGAAACAGAACAGCAAGCUGAGGCCCGAGGUCCUGAACGACCUGAGAGAAAACACAGAGUUCACCGACCACGAGCUGCAGGAGUGGUACCGAGGCUUCCUCAAGGACUGUCCCACCGGCCACCUCACCGUGGAGGAGUUCAAGAAGAUUUACGCCAACUUCUUCCCCUACGGCGACGCCUCAAAGUUCGCCGAGCACGUCUUUCGCACGUUCGACACCAACGGCGAUGCCACCAUCGACUUCAGGGAGUUCAUCAUCGCCCUGAGCGUGACGUCUCGCGGCGGACUGGAGCAGAAGCUGCGCUGGGCCUUUAGCAUGUACGACCUGGAUGGAAACGGAUACAUAAGCCGAGCAGAGAUGCUGGAGAUAGUUCAGGCAAUUUAUAAGAUGGUGUCGUCAGUGAUGAAGAUGCCUGAGGAUGAGUCGACACCAGAGAAGAGGACAGAUAAGAUCUUCAGACAGAUGGACAUCGAUAACGAUGGUAGAUUGUCGUUGGAGGAGUUUAUUAAAGGUGCCAAGAGCGACCCGUCCAUCGUCAGACUGCUGCAGUCCGAUCAGGGAGCCUCUCGUCAGUUCUGAGGGCAGAGACAUUAACACACACACACACACACACACAUCAUUCCAGCUUCAUGCUGCUCGGUCGUCACCACACAACCCUUUCAUAUUAUCUACACUCCACUGUCUUAAUGUUUACAUGAAUGGAUAAUUGAUUUUUCUUGUCUCUGUGGACAUUGAACUUGAUCCUGUGUAUAAGCUUUUCCCCCCUCCCCCGCCUUGCCGUGCCAUAUAUAUUUAUACUGACUGGAUUAUAUAAUUGCAAGUAUUAUUACUCCCGUUACGUUUCAUGAAGAAGAACCUAAUCACGUCAGUUGGUUUAAUUUGAUUGGACUAAACCGCGUUGGCUCACGGUUGUUCGUGAUAUCGACAGUCAGUUAACAAGUCGCUGUUCUGAACAAGCUCUAUAUGCCUUCGGUAUUUGCAUGCGCUCAGUGAUACGUGUUUUCUGAUGUUGUACCAGUUUACGUGAAUAAGGAAGCCCCGUGAUUGUUUUUAUUCCUUUUUAUUUUUGUAACAAAAUGUCAUUUUGUUUUCACACAAUUGAAAUAAAGUCGUGUAAGAAAAAUAUACACAAGAAUUCCCACAGUAUUCCCUUGUCUGGGACAGACACGGUGCAAACCCACUAAGAUUCUCAACAUUCACUGAUUUGAAAAGAGAGAGAAAAAAAAAAA